AUAACUCUAUGGCCUUAUUGGUAUCAUUUGUCGUUUUUUUUUUACUUGUGGCUGAUAAAUAGUUUUUUGGUUGGCAGUGAUCAAAUUUAAAAAAUAAAAUAAAUUAAUGUAAAAUGUCCGUUUCUGUAUUUAUAUCUAGUGUUAUUUAGUUAUAUAAUGCUGUUGUAGUUAUUUUUAUGAUUUAUAAGUACAAAUGUAUCGCUGCUAGUCGUUUUCGUUAUGGUUGAACAUGUAAUUUGGACUUGAUAUAAGACAUUUUUGUUUAUUAUUUGUUUUUUUUAGGUUAUAAUUAAUUUUCUUGUUUACACGAUUUAUGUUCUGUUAAUGUAAAUCGAAAAAUGCGAAUAAAUGAUAAGGAACUUUCCCAGUUAAACUUGUCGGUAACUGACAUGGAAGGUUUGCUCAAUCAUCGCAAGCCGCCCAGUGGUAAUUUUUCGCAAAACGUGUUUAAGGAGAGAUUAUUCAAGCUGAAAGCCAACCUUCUGUUUUAUUUCCGUGUCAGCGAUAUUGGCCAAAUAGAUGACCGAUGUCCGGCGGGGGUGUUGGUGCUGGAGAACUCCAACAUCCAGUACGAGGUGAGCACGGGGGCGCCGUUCGCGUUCUCCAUCACGUUCCGGGACGAGCCGGAGCGCAAGCACGUGUUCUGCGGCCGCUCGGAGGCGUACGUGCAGCAGUGGGUGGCUGCAGUCAAACAGGCCAGCUACGAGCACUGGCGCUCGCAGCUCAUCCUGCUGCAGAGCAAGAUCAGCCGGCGCACUGGCAAGGACCCCCUGCUCAUGUACCCGCACAACCAGGGCCUGGUGCGGGACCUGCAGCCCGGAGCCCCCUCGUCCCCGUCGGCCGCCCGCCGCCUCAAGGCCGUCGGCCGGCAGGCGUCCAGCUUCCAGAGCCACCUGCAGACCACCAUCGCGUCGCUGGCCGGUCGCCCCGUUCCCGAGGCCGACCUCAUCCAGUUCUGAAGCGCUGCCGUCCACGGUGUAUCGCUUUUAGAUGGAAAUGAACUUGUUGGCUCGGUGACGUAAGUUCUGAAAAUUUUGGAAGUUGUACGAAGAAUUGAUAAGCAUAAUUUUUCCAGAUAGUUUGUUUCCGGGAAUUCAUUGUUUCGGUGUGUUUAAUGCAACACUUUAUGCGUGUUUGGAAAUAAGUUUUCUACGCUCCGGUGUAUAAGAAAUUUACUUCCUCGCCUCGUAAAGAAUGUCAUCUGUGAGGAAUUAAUAGCAUUGUAAAAUUUCGUGGAUCAAGUUAACCAGCGUGACUGUGAAAAACCUUGCUCUGACAACCGAAUUUGGGGGAAGAGAAGGCAAGGGGUUUGUAAACCAAGGUCGAUGGGAAGAAUAUGCAGUUUGUCCGUAAUUUUUUUUUUUUUUUGCUCAUUCCUUUUUGAUCUAUUUCAACCAUCUUCCGUGUAUUUAUAAGUCGUCAGGGAAUGUCUGAAUGUUGACCGACCACUAUCUUGUUUGUACCAACUGCCUGUCUUGUUGAUUAUUAAUAGUCAGUAAACAAUAAUGAACAAACUUUAAGAUAUUUUUAUAUACGAAAAUAUACUAAAGAUAAAUUAUUUUAGAUAAGUAGGUGUUAUAAAUGUGUAUAUUUAUAUAUUUAAAGUCUGUAGUUUUUUUUAUAUAAAAAGUUACUUAUUGUAAUAAAUGUCUUUUUGGCUGGGAGUUUUUUCAAAAUCUCGCGUGGAACAAAAUUGUUUAUAGCAAAAUACAAACUAAGUAUAAUUUUCUCUAUACUUGAUAGACAAUAAUAUAGCUUUGGCAAAGUGUUAGUUGUAUUUUGUUCCUGUCAGUAGAAUAUUUCAUUUUCAUUUGUGUAUUUCAAUUUAAACAAUUUUUUUUAUUUGUUAGUGGAGUGCCUUUGUACUUGACUUAUUGUAGUGCUUCAGGAGUUCGUAAUGUAAAAAUUGAUAUUACUAGCCUGCUUUGCCAUUCUAGUUUACCUAACAUUUUGUGCCAAUGCAUUGAAUUAUGUGAAAAGAUCUCUUAAAUACUCUAGCAUUUUCCAAAGAUGACAAUACUCAUUGUGUAUUAGUUAAUAUCCUAUUUACAUGUAACUAUCUUAGUGAAGUUUUGUGUGCAUUUAAAAGCUUGGUGUAUCUGUUAGUCCUUAAUGCCUACAGUAGUUUAGUUUUUAUCUGAGUUGUACAAAUUUAAGUUCUAGUUGUAUGUAUGUUUGCUUGAUAUGUUAAUACGUAUGUUUAGUUUAAGUUUUGUAACUAUUAUGUAGCUUGAUUCCUUAGCAAACGUGUAUCCUACACAAAAAAAAACAAAGGAAGAUUUGGGGGGGGGGGGGGGGGGGGGGGGGUAUUUUCUGGAAAUAAACCUCUUUCAUGGGUUAGGAGUGUUCAUGGGACCAUACAAUAAUAAACAAUCACAUUCUGAGUCAGAAUGUGUUAUCACAGGUCCCAUCUGUCACAUUUGUGUAGAGCACCAUGAAGUAACAUUAUUUAUUAUAAAAAAAAAUUUUUAGUAGUAGUUUGUGAGGGUUAGUUAAAAUUUUUCUUUAACGUCAGGGCCUUGCUCCUCGUUUUAUUUAUUUUUCCACCCUUGCUUCCAAACCCCAUCCUCAAAGAUACAGCCAUGUUCCUUGUACGUAAUUAUAAGGGAAUGCAUUUUGGAACUUCAGUGACCACGUUUAGUAUGUUAAUUGUAAGUUCAGAACAACUAUUAUAAGCUUUGAGCUCUGGACAUAAAGUUUACAUUAUACUCUUUAUUUAGUGUCAAAUAGGUUAUUUAAUUAUCUGUCAUUCAUGUACAUACUUGUCUGAAAUCAUUGCUUAUGUUUUUCUGCUUAUGCAUAUUGUUUGAAAACUACUGGUAAAUAAGUAUGUACCUACUUAUUUUGUAUCCUUAUUUAUAAAGCUGCACCUAUAUGAAUUUAUUGAUUUGAAUAAUGAUCAUUAAACUCCUAACCAGCGAUUAGUGAUUACCAAUUUACUUACCACUUAUCAAAGCUUAUUUUCAGCGCGUUUAUAGAAAUAGUAAAGUUUUUGGAUGAGUAAAAUUGGACCAAGGGAUUAUAAAGGAGGAAAGUUUUAUAAAAAACUGAAAUACUGAUAACUUUUGUUAAUAUGGAAAAUGUUACAUAAAUAUUUUAUAAUGUUCCAGAAUUUUCCACAAAUUGUAAGACUUGUAAAAUUCCUUAAAUUGAAGUUGCUUUUUUACUGACAUUUGGUUAAAAUUCAAGUUAAAAAAAAAACAAACAGAACUUUCUACUGUAAAUUAUAUUGUUACAAUACUUAAAAUAGUUUACUCAAAAGCAUUAAUUGAUAUUUCAGACGAAACCAUAAGUUUUUGUGUACUGUCAUACGCAUAUAUGAAUGAUUCAGCACUAACUAGGUGUUACUAUUUAGAAAGAAACAUUUUUUAAAAAUUUCGGACAACUUUCUAUUUUGCUUAUUCUGCAGAAAACUAGUUUUGCUGACAGUGUGUUAAAACAUUGAAAACAGUUUGCUUCAUUGAGUAAAUUAAUAUUUAGCAAUUCAAGAUUAUUCUGUUUAACUGUGUACCAAUACACAACUAAAAUGGUGGGUCUCAACACAUGUGCUUUUGUAUAAUAAUUGGAACACAUUAAGUAGAUUUAUGGAAAAUAUUUACCUAGUUUUCUUUUCUUGAUCCUUAGACGUUAAAAAUUAUUCCAUUAUUCCAGAUUGAUACUUAAAAUUUAGAGAUGGAAAAUCUCUGUUAAUUUUGUUAAUGAGUAAAAAUGGAUCAAAGUUUUUAGGAUGUUAUAGAUUUUGGGAAAAGAUGCUCCAUGUGGAGGAAACGAAUCAUUCGUUCCUUCUUGUCAAACCACAAGCUUGAAGAGAUUUAUGAGGGAAAACAGUAAGUAUCGUUGGAAGAGCAGUUUUUUUUUUAUUCUCCUGAAAAGUUUUCCAAUUGUGACUUGUCUGGUUCUGAGGAACGGAAAUUUAAAGUUGCCCGAAGCGUAAUGAACAAGUUUAGUCAAAUACAUUAAAUAGUUUUUCCCAUGGUGCAGGCAAAAAUUUUUUUUUCAUAAUUAUGGGGUGUGUUCCAAAUACUGUAAAAUCUCUUUAAAACCUGGCACCUUUGGAACUAACACCCUGAUGGUAUUUUGAACGUCGGCAUAAUUUUAAUGCAGAUAAUCUGCAAUAUUAAUGUACAUGCAAUUCAUAGGCCUAAUACAGCACUGACUUGUCUGUUAUGAUCGUUCAGUGGUUUCUUACUGAAAUAUUAAGACUGUUUGAUAGUGAAACAUUAUUUUAUUUAAAUCCAGUACUUCUUACAAAUUAAUCAAUAUUUUGGAAGUACAUAUUUAGGUUAGUCUUAUGCAAAGGGAAAGCAAAAUACAGUCUCAUGCUUAACUUUAAACAAUCAGUGCAAAAUCCAUUUUAAAUAGACUGUUUAAGAAAAUGGUGAUUUAUUUCUUAAAAGCAUACUUUUAUUAGCAACAUGUAUUUCAAACAAAUAAAAUACAGUAGAAAGGAAUAUUUUAACAUUUUGUUGUAAAAAAAAAAUUAAGCACACGGAGUGAGUUUUUAGCAAAGUUCGUGCAAAAAAUUCAAUUUUUUUUGUAGGUAGAUGUUUCUCAGACAAAACAGUACCAUACGACAAAUCUGACCUAAAAUUGUGAUCAAAUUGAAAAGCACACACUAGUAAUUGGACCAAAGAUGGGAAUUGGGCAGACGUGUUCUGAAUGGCCCAGCCUGUGGUUAUGGAGGGACAAGUGAGAUAGGCCAGUAAGACUCCUGACUGACAAGUUAUCUCUAGUAGCAACUAGCAAGGGAAAGAGAGGGGGGAGGGUAGAACAAAGACAUCAGUACAUGCUCCCGUAUUCUAGUCAUUCUAAAACCACAGUGACUACAGUUUUGAAAUUCAUUAAAUAUGUUUUACUUACUGGAGCGCAUAGAUUAAGAAUAGCGAACAUUAAAAUCCCCUACCACUUAAGUAUGGUUAGUAAAUGGUUAUGCUAUUUCUUACAUUUUUAAUGUGAGUUAAAAUGCCAGUCUCCCCAUGAAAAAUCUGAAUGCAAAUGACUAUAUUGUUGUAAGAUCAUAGAACGUACAAAACGAAAGAAGCAGUAUAUAAAAAAACCGAAUACUAUUGUAAUUGGUGGUUAUUAUUUUUGUAGGAAAAGGUUUGUGUGGUGUGGAUUCACCAGUGUGCAGUGAUUGCAAACUGGAGGAAUUCCAUGAUUCUUGUGUUUUAUUUGCCAUUCCUGCAAUGGACCAGUAAAUGUGGCAAUGCUGGAAUGAGGUGACUGCAGUGGUAAGGCUCUGGACUUGUAGUCUAGAAGUCCUGGGUUCAGUUCCCAGUCAACCAUCCUGAUGUUUUCCCGACAUCAUCCCAACCUCAAUCCCUGGUUGUUCUUUUAUUAAGUUGCCAUCUCGAAUGGCCUUGCUCUCCACCAGGCAUCAAGCAAAAAUAAAUAAUGCAGAAAUUAACAUACAUGGUUUUACAUACACACGUCUAUAGAAACAUUUUCCUAGCAUAUUUAUUAAAAUUAUUUACUUUUGUUGCAAUUUUCUGAAAAAAUAUAGCUGUAAUAUUUUGAAAAAAACAUUGCAUGUGUUAUUUUACAGUGUGUAUGACUAAACACUAAAACACCAGCUGUAAAAAAAAAAAAAGGUGUUCAAAGUCUGGGUUACAGCAUACCGGACAUGAAAAUUUCAAUUUCCCUUUUCCAGAAUGUGGACAUCCUGUGUUAACAUGGUACAGUACUGUUUUAGUUGUUACUUAUUUUCAAAAAUUUUUUUUUUUGGCUAUUUAUGAAUCUCUUUCCUUGUAAAUUUCUGAGAUACAUUGUAUUAGAGGAGGUUUAAAAAAAUUAAUGAUAUAUGUGUAAUUUUAUUUACCUAUGUAUUGUGUUUUAUCACAAAAUUUAAGCUACAGUAGACAGACAUCAGGUGUACUGUUUUGUUCAAUAGUGCCAUUUUGGCUUUGGUAGAUGUGCGAUCGAUACACAGUUUGUGUGCUGGUUGUACCUUCGAUACUGCCAUUUUGAGUAGUUCAGUUGGCUGUCAUUUGAAAUGAAUUAUGUAUGCAAGGAACCUACAGGUAAUGAAUAAAUAAACAGCACUGGUGCUGGAAGUCAUGAAAGUUUCCAGCAGACUUUUUGUUAACUUAUAUUUUGAUGUUUAAUGUCUUAGCUCUCGGUAGGCAGCAUCUGGCAGGAGUAAUUUUGUGAAUGGAACGGAAGUCGCAAGGAACAAAAAUGUGUAACAGCGCUGCCAUCUGUGGCGGAUGGCACAAACCAAAGUUUACAAAGUAUUAACUGUUUCAUGAAUUAAAUGCUACUAAAAUAUCCUGAAAUUGGUUCACCAUCAGUGGUGUAUGUAUUACCAUAUUUUAAGUAAUGUUUAGAAAUAUGACAAAUAUAUAAGUACUAUCUUGUAUAGUAACUUGCAAGGAUUAUCUCAGGUUGAAGCACUUAGUCUGUACUUAAUUCUUUUUAAACUUGUCAGUGUUCAUUUGAUCAAUAUUUUACUACUUAACAAUAUAUGCGUUGGAUUGCUGUGUUUGUAACUGUUUCGUUGUGACGAGCGGUUCCAAAACAGUGAAAAGGCUGGUGUUUCUCGUGCUGCAUUGUCUAACCAGCGUGAGGGAGCGUUGACAACCCAGUAGUCUCGUCUGCUGGGCAGAGUAUUCUCCGAGGCCUCUAUAAGAAGUGCUCAUGUUAUUGAAUGUAAACUAUGAUACUGAAAAUUGUCAUAUUUGUAUUUUUCUAUGUAUUUAUUGUUAUUACAUAAAUAAAUACCUUUGAAAUGAGA